CCUUCGCAGUCCGUUGACAACUAUUAAUUUGAUCCGGCGACCUAUUGGUUGCUAGUUCGACGCCAAUCAGUAUUAACACCAAAGGCUUUGGCUGUAUCAAUACGAGAUUUGUAUCUCGUUUCUGCAGAUAUCUUGACAAAACUAUGCAGAGGAUAAGAUGACUAUCAUAUAUAUAAUUUGACAUUGAAAUUUUAGUCAAACUUAUGUACAUCUUUUUUUUAACAUCCCAAAAAAUUCAACAAUUGUGAGCUUGAAAAUUAAGAUGUAUGAAAAUAACGUUAUGUAUUAAAGACGAGAAAUAUAUUGUACAGCUGUUAGAUGUCUUCGAGGUAUUCCUGAUCAAGACCACACCGCACAAGCCACAGGAUAUGGUUGUGCCCCUACAGUCACAAAGGGCGCAUCUGUCAGGGCUACGAGAUAAACCGAAUGGCGAUGAAAUCACCAUUACAUUGUCGGGUCCCGUCGAUGAGGAUUCCACAUAUAAUCCAAAAAUCGCAACCGAAACACAGCCCCGCAUCAUAGUGACAGUGGAGAGGUUUGAUCAAGCGGCAAACAAGACUGCUUGGAAAUCAAAAGAGUGGAAAGUCAUUCUAUUCGAUCCUGACAGCUCAAAGGUCGGCAAAGUUAAGAAGUAUUUCACCUUGGAGACCAAUACCAAGCAAUUAGAUUCAUUUAUACGCACUGCACAAAUGAGAAUCGAUUCCGACACUGAUUUGCAGGUAUCGCUAUUGAAUCUUCAUAACGAGCCAAUGGCCGUAUAUCUGAGCAUUAACUCGAAUCCGAUGAACGCGAAUUUGGGCGUAGUGUGUGGAAUAUUGCUAUUAAUUUUCCUCUACGUGCUCAUCAUUUGGGAUAUUACGGAUCGGACACUUGCCGCCCUCCUGGUGGCAACGGCCGCCAUUGGAGUGCUCAGCAUGCUGGAUGCUAAGCCAGCACUGGAUACGAUAGUCUCAUGGAUCGAUAUGGAGACCCUAAUGCUACUCUUUGCCAUGAUGAUUAUGGUUUCCAUACUAACCGAGACGGGCGUCUUUGAAUUUAUGUCCGUCUAUGCGUAUCAGAUGUCAAAAGGUAACGUUUGGAGGCUCCUGUUCUUUUUGUGUAUGUUCACGGGCUUUCUAUCCGCCUUCCUGGACAAUGUGACGAUGGUAUUGUUGAUGGUGCCAGUUACGAUACGUCUGUGUGAAUCAUUGGCAUUGAGCACCACUGUGGUGCUUAUUAGCAUCGCGAUCUUUGCCAAUAUUGGUGGAUCGCUGACCCCAGUCGGGGAUCCACCCAAUGUGGUUGUCGCCACCGAUCCGUAUGUGCAGCAACAUGGCAUCGAUUUUGGUACUUUUAUAAUCCAUAUGUUUCCCGGUGUCUUUCUGUCUAUGAUCUUUGGUUUCAUUAUUCUAUAUUUACUGAUACGAAAAAAGCUCUUUGCCAGUAAUACAGCAGCUGAUAUGCGCGCAUCAUUAGAUAAGCUUCAAAGCCAGGCAAAUAGGUUGGGUAACGAAAAUACCCACAAGUCCCAAAAUGUGGCCAGGCGCAUUGAGGGGCUGCAGGAGCGUUUAAAAAAUCCGGAUAACAACCCAGAGAAUGUGGACUUUCAGAAAACACUAUCGGAAAUGAAAGCAAAUUGCAAAAUUAAGAAUAAGCCGCUGCUAAUCAAGUGCUGCAUUGCGUUCACCUUUGCCAUUCUGAUGUUCUUUUUGCAAUCCCUGCCAGCAUUUGGAGGUGCCACACUGUGCUGGGUUGCGAUGUUGGCGGCGAUCCUGCUGCUGAUCCUGACCAAUAAGCCGGACAUUGAUGUUGUGCUAGAGGGUGUCGAGUGGGGCACUCUGAUCUUCUUUGCCGCACUCUUUGUGCUUAUGGAGUCAGUUGUUGAAUUGGGCGUGAUCGAUUUUGUGGGAGAACUGACUAUCGGAGUUAUCAUGGGUGUUGGCGAGAGUCAUCAGCUGAUGGUGAGCAUUCUGCUGAUUCUCUGGGUGAGCGCUUUGACAUCCGCCUUUGUGGACAACAUACCCCUAACUACCAUGAUGCUUAAGCUGGUUAUCAAGCUGGCCAACAAUCGCGAUCUUGGUCUAUCAUUUCCACCCCUAAUUUGGUCCCUUCUAUUCGGCGCGUGCUUUGGAGGCAAUGGAACACUAAUUGGCGCUUCCGCGAACGUAGUAACUGCCGGCAUUGCCCAUCAAUAUGGCUAUCAUAUAAACUUCAAAGGCUUCUUUAUCAUCGGAUUUCCCAUAAUGCUGGCAACGAUGUUGGUGGCCUCCAUUUACCUCCUAAUUGCCCACUGUCUCUGUACCUGGCAUGAUCCGCCAUCCAGUAAUUAAUUAAUUUAAAUUACAUAUCUGUCAGUCUAUUAGUCAAAUAAAAUUUUAUCGAACUGUGCAA